AUGUCAUUCUCCUUUCAGUCUUUGUUGGUUCCCUGUGGAGGCACUGCUCUGGUAGUUCUGAUUUACAUUUGGUUGGCCUGGCAUGUCUUGCGCUCUGCUGCAGCCAAUGUUGCAAAUGUUGCAAUUGGGGAAGGGAGCAGCAAAAAGGAAAAUGGUGGGCUUUCUAAGGAUGAUAUUCAGAAGCUGCCCACAUUCAUUUGCCACCCACAUGAGAAGAAUGAGAAACAGAGUGAUGGGGAUGAGAAGAAUGAGGAACAGAGUGAUGACAAGAUUACAGAAGAAUUGAACAUUAGUGAGGAUUUGGAAUGCUGUGUCUGUUUGGAGCAGUUCAAGGAUGGAGAUAAAUGUUUGCUCAUGCCCACAUGCAAGCAUUGUUUUCAUCUUGAUUGUGCAGGUGCAUGGCUUACUAAGCGCCCCAUUUGCCCACUUUGCAGAGCUGCUGCUUUGCCCAAAGAGGAGAAAGAUGAACAACAUUGUGCUACUUCCAAUGAUCACAGUCCUCACUCUACAGUCAUUGAUAUGCCCUCUUAA